GUGGGAGGGACAUCCUGGUAAGCAGCCGCCGCAGCAGCAGCAGCCCAACAUGGGUCUUCGGCUGGGCUGCUUGCAGCCGCCGCUCCCCUAAUUACGAGCCGCCCUCCCGCCCCUCGCGGCGGAAACCGAGGGGAGGGCCGCGUCGGGGGUGGCCGCCGCUGCCGCCCUCCUCCUCCUCCUCCUGCGAGCGUGAAGGGGGGGAGUCGCUCCCACCCGCUCGGUCCUUGCAGCUGCAGCCGCCGCCGCCAAGCAGCCCGCCCGCCUCCGCCCCCUUUCCCUUCUCCCCGCGCGCCCAGGCCCCGCGCGGAGCCGCGGCGUCCCCUCCUUUCCCGCUCCGAUGAUGGACAGGAACUACCCGGCGACCCCCAGCUACCCCGACCCGCUGGCUUCGGUCGCCGCCGCGUCCUCGCCGCCGCCCUCCGCCUGGGCCUACGAGCGGGGCGCCAGCAGCCUCAAGGCCAGUUUAAGCUAUGGAGGAGGGCAUUCAUCCGAAACAGAUUUUCACAGGCAAACAUAUACAACUUCCCACCAGCUUCCUGCAUACGCCACUACUUCCCUACCCGCCGGCCUUUCUGGGAUUUUUGAUAACACUAUGCACAGCAGCAAUAACAACACUAAAGAUACAUCAGUUAUGAAUUUUCUCUCUGCAAUUGAAUCCCGCAAUGCUCAGGCUGUUUCUUCAGGAACUUCUCUCUUGCCACAGUUCAGAGCUCCAACAUGGCAGCCAGGCAUGCAUUCGUCAACCGAGCUUUUUGUUACUGGAGCCUUGCCAGCUUCUGGGACGUUUCCACCAACUUCAGCCUAUCAGCAUCCUAACACUUUCAGCAGUAGAAACUUUGCUGCUACUCCUUCUCUAACACUUCAAGAUGCAACUUUCAGUCCGACAUCAAAUGGUCUUCUUAGUGCUCAUGACCCUUUAUUGCAGAUCAAGACAUCCCAGAGCACAGUUCCCACAGCGCUGGCCUUUGAGCGCCUGGGCGGUUCUGUGUUAAGUACCAGCAUACCACCACAGUCUUCAACAUACCGCUCUGCUCAAGAGUCUGCACCCCAUCUCUUGCAGCCACAGUUCAGUUUGUUGCCUUCAUCACUUGGAGGAGCUCAGCAGGCUCCACAAGUAUAUAGUUCACCUCUGUUUACUGGUUCCACUGCCUCAAUUGAAAGAACCCUGCAGCGAGAAUGUAGUGUUAUUAAGCACCAUCAGCGGCCUUCGAGCACACAGUCUGUUCAGGCACAACUGACUGGUUCACAGCAUUCUUUACACAACUAUUUAUCAAGUGCAAGUGGAAAUGAUUUUCAGGAUACAUCCCGUCAGUCUUCCCUAUCUUGUAGCCCAGUCGAUGAUUCUACUCAGGUGAGCAAUGGGAGACCCCAGCAAAAGACCUCUCAAGUUUCAGUAGAACUUGCUCAGUCAUACACAUCAGCGAUUCCAUCACCUGGUUUUCCAUCUGUUUCCACUACAAAAGCAAAACACUGCUCUACGAAGCAGCCACCAAGAUCAACAAAGACUCCUAAGCCACAAAGCAUUGCCCCUACUGUGCAGACGCAAAGCUUUUCCAAAACUGCACAGAGCCAGAAUUCUGUAAUAGCAGGUCAAGCACAAAUCUAUUCUACAGCACAGCUUCCAAGCCUCUUGUCAGUAAGCCAAUCACAAAACUAUGUUUCAACACAAUCGCAGAAUGUGCCACCGGUCAGUCAUGCACAGGUAUUCUCAGCCAUCAAGGUUGAGAAGCUGCCACCACUGUACAAAACACUUGCUUUUCCUGGGCAAUCACAGGCAAUUACUUCAGAUAGCCAGACACUAAGCUAUUCUUCUGAUCAACAGGUAUUAAGUUCUAUUUCAAAUGGCAGUUACUCUGGGCAAACGGAUCUUUCGUCAGUCAGCCAAUCUCAAAAUUACUCUUCUAGUCAUUCUCAGGGUUUGUCAACCAUUAGCAGAUCCCAAGGUAGCUAUUCAUCUCAAUCACAGGUUUUGUCAGUGGUUAGUCCUUCAGAAACAUACACAACAUUAACGUCGCCAUCUCUUCCAUAUUCUUCUCCACAUGUUCAGAACUUGUCAGCCUCGAGCCCUCCCCAGAACUAUAUUUCUUUACAUUCUCAGGCACAAGAGCCAUCUUCUCCGCAGUCUCAAAAGUUUUUGCCUGUUGUCCAGUCAACUUCUUUUGCAAUGCCAGCUCAUUCACAGGCAUUGCAGAACAACAGGUCUUCCUCAGAUACUAAGUUAUACAUCAAAAGGGAAUCUGACCCUAACUUAUAUCAAACGUGUAAGCAAGAUGAACAGUUCCCAAUGCAAGAUAUGCAGGCAUUGCAACAGCAAACAUCUUUGGAUUCCUCCACUCAGAGGCUAACCGAUGAUGAAGUUAAUGCUCAGGAUACAAAUUACAAAGUUUCCAAAGCAGAUAAUAGGUAUUCUCAAAGUGUAAUCAGGAGUAACUCCCGUCUUGAAGAUCAAGUUGUUGGGCUUACUUUUCAGGGAUCAAAAAAAGACGAAAGAAUGAUUAGUUCUGUGGCACAGCUCACCCAGCAAAUUGGCCAUAUCACUAACGUAGGAAGCCAUGAUAUUAAAAAGGCAGCUAAUUUAUUGCCAACAAGCCAAGUAAAUGUGGAUUCUAAAGAACUCAGCCAGCAGCAUUCUCUUCUGCAUAAAGUACAUGAAGCGAAAGCAUCAGAGCAACAGGGCCAAGUCAUGAGCACACCACCACAGCUUCACAGUCAAGCCAUAAGACAUGGCCAGCAGCUGUGUUUGCCUGGUGCACAGGUACUUCUAGAAUCUGCCUGUGAUUUGCAAAUGCUUCAGCAGUCAAUACUACAAUCUGGCUUGGGCCACACGAAAGGUUCCUCACAAGUCCAGCAGCGUCUUCAGGGUUCUCAGCAGGUGACUCACCCAUUCCUUCACAUAGAUGGUCAUAUGAUUCAGAGUAAUGGAGGACAUUCUCAGCAGCAGCUUCAUUCUCAGAACUCUGAAGUUAUGAAAAUGAACAUUUCUGAACCAUCAAAGCCACUACAGCAACACUUUACAUUGAAAGAGAAUUUUGUCCGGCCAGAUCAUGAAUCUAAGAAUCAGUUUGUUUCCCUUAGUUCUGUAUGUUUUCCAGAGUCUAUGCUUCUCAACGAUGAGAGGAAUAUACUGUCUAAUGUGGAAGAUAUAUUGGCAGCAACAGCUGCAGCUUGUGUAGGAACAACGUCUGAAUUUGCCAAAUCUACGGCUAAUGAAGAAAAUAUCCAGUCAGUUGAAAAUGGGGACAAUUCUAAGUCUCAGUUCCAGACAAUGGAUGUCAGACACGUGACUUCUAGCUUCAACAACUCAUCAACUGUUGGAAAGCCACUGAACAUAAACAAUGUUUCUUUAAAUGGAGGCCAGGUUACACUAAACCUAACAGCAGUGCCUACAAUGCAGCCAAAAAAUAGGAGCCUUGAGCAACAACACCUUGAGACUCCUGAUCACAACAUUCCUAGUAGAGUUGCUACCUCAGAGCUUGAACAGAGGCACGAACAGGUUCCUGGCUUAGUUAAGCAGCAGUCUGGCAUUGAUAAUGAAUGCGAAGAUAAAAACGGUAUUCAUGUGGAUAGUACAAUAAAUGUAAAAGAUAUAGAUCUUGUUUUAAGUGGUAGGGCUCGAAAUGAGAGUGCCGCACCCCAUGGUGUUUUUAACAUGGAAAGUGACAACACUGUGACAGGAAGCAAAACUAAAGUUCCACUGCAGCCAAUAUCUAUGCAACAACCAGGUGAUGAAAAUGGCAGCAGAGCUGAAGGCAAAAGCCAAGAUUUAUCACAAGAGGAACUUCAGAAGCAAAAGGACAGGGGACAAAAUCAGCUUAAAACUGCCAACGAAGAUGGCAUGCACCAGAAGCAAUUGAAGCGUAGUGGACAGUGCAAACGUCAGAAUUCAAGAGGAACUGAUGCAGCCUUGCCAUAUUCCCCUGCUCCUGAAAGCUGCCAUGAAACUUACCAGCAUCAAGAGAAAAUGAGGCAAAAAAUAAAAGAGGUGGAAGAAAAACAACCAGAAGUCAGAACAGGAUUCAUUGCAUCUUUUUUAGAUUUCUUAAAAGGUGGACCCAGGCAACAGUUUUCAGCUCCUGCUGUGCGUGUUCCCAGUCGUGUGCGGAGACCUGUUACUCCUGUUGUUAGAGCACCUUGUCCACAUCCACUUUCAAAACCUCACUUGGCAGCAGCAGCACCUUCUGCCUCACUUGAGAGCAGCACUGAAUGUUCAAACAGAAAGGGUGAGGAAGAACUGAAAAAAAAUUCAGAAGCAUUGCCAUCGUUUUCUUCUGAUGAAGAUUCUGUAGGGGCUAACCAGGAUCUUCAAAAGUGCAUCACUUCUGCAUUGUCAACUUUGGACGAUGCUUCUGAUAAAAAGAAAAAAUCAGAAAUCAUCAAGACUUUAUCUAAUGCCACCACCAAUACUGUCGUAAGGAAGGAAUCUUCCAAAACAACUAGUUCUGUGGCAGAUUCUCAGGUGAAAAUGUGUUUAGUGCAACAUGAGAUGGGCAGAGUUCUUACAGAACACUUAGCAAAAACACAGGCAACUGCUGCAAUAGAAGGAUAUAUUGAGGACGACGACGGAGAAAGUGGAGGCGAGGGCGUGUACAGAGAACGUGAUGAAUUUGUAGUGAAGAUUGAAGAUAUAGAAUUACUAAAGGUUGCUUUAAAAACAGGAACGGAGCCUCCAGCCAUCUGGAAGGUUCAAAAAGCUUUGUUGCAGAAGUUUGUUCCUGAAGUGCGAGAUGGACAGAGAGAGUUCACAGCUACUAACAGUUAUCUUGGGUAUUUUGGAGAUGCAAAAUCAAAGUACAAAAGAGUAUACGUGAAGUUUAUAGAAAAUACAAACAAGAAAGAGUAUGUCAGAGUGUGUUCCAGGAGACCCAGAAAUAAGCCUGUGCCGUCUGCAAGGCCUGUCCAUUGUAAGCCAAGCACUAGCAUCAACAAAUCUCCUGAGCCUCCAGCAUCAAAAACUACACCUGCAACAACAAAAGUUUCUGUAGUGAAACCCAAAGCUAAGCAGCCAAAGAUAAAGGCAGAACCACCACCAAAGAAACGGAAAACAUGGAAAGAAGAAUUGCCCCCUGCCCCUCAACUCCAGAGUGACGAGGAAGACACUGCACCUCCAGCUCCUAUCAUUGCUCGUUUUUUGAACACCAGAGCUAUGAAAGAAACAUUUAGGAGCUACAUGGAACUGCUUGUUAGUAUUGCCUUGGAUCCAGAUACUAUGCUGGCGUUGGAGAGGAGCAAUGAUGAGCUGCUUUUGCCUCAUAUGAGAAAAAUUGAUGGCAUGCUAAACGACAAUAGAAAAAGGCUGCUGUCCAAAUUGAGCUUGGAGCGUUCACUCAAGGCUGCUUUGGAAAGCUUCCCUGAACUGACCGUAAUCAAUCGAGAUUCUAAAACAAAAACUGGAGUGAGUGUAAUUCCUAGAAUCAAAAUGAAUGGCAAAGCUUAUAACAAGAAAACACUGAGGAUUUCUAAAGCAGCCUCAAAAUUAGCACAGGAGUUUGCUGUAGAUCCAGAAAAGAUAUCAUUGUGCUCUUUAUAUCACUCACUCCAUCAUUACAAAUACCACAUGUUUCUGAGGUGUAAAGUUGAGAUUUCUUCCGUUCAAAAGAAGAGUGCAGAUCUAGGCCAGGAGGAGAUUGUACAGCAAUGCAUGAAAAAUAUGAAAUGGGUAGAAGACCUCUUUGAGAAGUUUGGUGAACUUUUGAAUCAUGUACAGCAGAAAUGUUCAUAACGGACACUGUCCCAAAUGUUACAUUUGUUUCCUCUAUAGCACUCAUCAUGAGAAACUGAAAGGUCAGAGAAGCUCUGGUUAAUCUGGUCAUGCCAGACUAUUCUGAGUCUGAGGAAUCUAUGGUGUUCUUGGUUCCGUGGAAAAAUUAUGCUGCCAUGAAAAUGGAACUACAAAUGAACCUCACUGCAUUUUUAAUCUGAAGAAUGAUUUUUUUUCUAUUUUGUAAACUCUUGUAUUGAAAUGACAGGUUUAUUUUUGAAAUGAUCAAAGCAUGCACUAAAUAUAUAUUUUUGGGCUACGGUGAAAAUACCAUGGCUUUUUCUGGCUCUGUACACUAGGAAGAGUCUAGGUGGUAAACAAAUAUUUACAUUUGUCUGAUCAAGUAGAGUCUUCUACAUUUUGCAAACAGAGCUAAUAUGACAUGAAAUUCUGUACAUGAAUAAUCGCCAUCACAAAUUCAGAAUUAUCCUUCUUCUUUAUGGACUCCUUUUACUGCUGUUAUGUUCAGGAGGCUGAACAUGGAGUUGGUGCAAUCCUUUGACGGCUAUUUUGUGUCAAAUUAUAUUGUAAUGAAAAACAAUGACUUUAACUAUUUCCCCCAUUUUUUAUUUUGAAGAAAAACGUAUUUUUCUUUAUACUGUGCUUUUUUUCCCUUUGGAAAGAAAUCAGUUGUACAUUUUAUCUCACAAAUAGUUGUAUUUUUCACAGAGAAAAUAUUGUGGCUUACAAUUGUUUUGUGUAUCUUUGUAAUACACUUUUCAUGGUUUUCAGUAAAUUCUGUUCAUUUUUAUAUAUUAAUUUCAUAUUGUAAACUAUAUCUUAAGAUAAUCCUUUUGUUUAUACAGGUUUCCUCCAGUGUUAACCAGGAAUAAGACAUACUAGACUUUAUAAGUUUGCUUUAUAAGUUAAGUUGUGUUUAAACACUGCAUUUUAUUUUCUGAUAAAUGAAAAUAAAUUUAUUACUAAAAUAACAUGAAUAAUUGAAAUUUUCAUUGAAUAGCUACUACAUUUCUCUUCUGGAUACCGAAGACUGAUGAUUGGAUAUACUAUAUAUGCAGUGUUAAACACAGCUGACAUUUUUUUAAAAAUUGGUAAUGGCAGAACUGUUUGCUUCUUGGUGCCUUUUCAAAUCCUCAGACGUUCUUUUGUAGUUGUCUUUCUCAGCUGGGUUAUUUUUUUAAUCAGUAGGACCAGUAGUCCCACUUAGACUACAAAUGUGUUAAACUCUGAUCAGUAGGAAAAUUUCUUCAUCUGCCAACAGAAUGCCUUACCUCAGUCUUGGAUUCAAAAUGUGUAAGUCCUCUGCUUGUAAAAGGACUAAACAUAUUGUACUUUUGUCAGAUAAUAUAUAUACAUAAAUAUAUAUAUAUAUAUAUAAUUCAUUUGUCCUUUCACUGCCACUUAGUGCCUUAAUUUCAGCCAAGAAAGCAGGAUUCUUCAUUCACUAGCCAAUCAGGAUAUUCUUGUAUGUAGCAUGGUGUAUUUUCUUUAGUUGUACAUAUGUUCAUUGCACCUUAGAUUUGUAAAAGAAUAAUGAAAGGCUGUGAUCAUGAAUUAAACUAGGAUUUCAAAAUAUCAAAGGACAACAUUUUUGAUCUUGAUACCUAUUAUGUUGGUUUACCUCUGCAGUUUCAAAAGGUUUUUAUAUUGUAGGAUGUGGUGGUACUUCGUUUUUUCUGAUGGGGGGGGGAUGCAAUGAAAAUUUUGGUAAAUUUCUAGUUGAUAUUUGUCUUAAAAUAUCUUCAUACUGCACUUGCCUUGAAAAAAGCCAAGUUGUAUUACUGUGACUGUGAUUUUGCUGUAUCUCUGCUAGUUCUGUAGAAGAACUAAUGGUCUGGACUCAUACCAGUGUUAGGGCUGCAUCUUGACCCUCUUCCUAGAAACAUUUCAGGCAUGAAUCUUACCUGCAAACAAAGAAGCGUAAUACUGCUGAAUUAUCUUGGAAACCUCAGCAUAUAUACAUACUCCCUGCAAACAAAUGUACAUCUUCACUCAUAAUUAAGGCUGCAGUCUUUUACCUGCUUAUCCAAGCCCUGUAGAACUUCUGAGACUUUCUUUUGUAGCAUUGCUCUGUGAGAGUAUGUUGUGUUAGGAAGAUAUUUGAAAGUCUUUUUAUAAUGUAGAUGCAAUCUCCUUGGGGCCAUCAUGUAAAUAGCCUGCUCAGCUGGAGGAAGAUAACUACCUUACUUCUCAUUUUAGAAUUGAAAUACUUAAGAACCAGUCACUGAAGGUUCAAAGUGCAAAAACAAAAUGUGUUCUUCUACAGCAAAGCAAUAUACAUCUCAACACAAGCUUACACAUAUAUUGGUUCAAUAGAUAAACAAAAGAGCUGGGGUUGCCCCAUGUUGUAGACCCAGGAUGAAAGCCUAUGCCCACUUACCUAGGACUAAGUCUCGUUUAAAUCAUUGCAGCUUACUUCUGAGUAAUUGGGAGGUUCGUGCCGAGUCGGUGACAACUUUAUCAAGCGAAUGAUAAAUAAGAAACUUUCUCAGGAAUAUGGGAGUAGAACGGAAAAGACAGUUUUGUAUUGCUAGAUGGGUGUUCAACUUCCUGCCCUCAGAGAACUCUUUUGCAUCAACCUGUUUGCCCUCCCUGUGUUUCAAGAAAUGCCUGUACGUUGCAAGGAGUGUCUGUUCUAGGGUACGCAACUUCAUGUUGAGCAUUGGUGAGGCCUAUUAGGCCUAAUCACUGUCCCACAUGAAGUGUGGACAUCUUGGAACACACACAAUGUCUUUUGUGACUCUGUGGCGCAGGAAAAGGUCUGCAGCUGUAGGGGCCUGGGUGUAUUCCUAGGCACAAUUGCACACUAUCAUUUCUCUCUUAAUUGAGACUUCUCUAAUUAGUUUUGAGCAUAUUCCAUGGUUCCUGUAAACAACAGAGAACAUCACCAUGCUAGGCAGACAGUGUUUUAUGUAUCCAAAAUUAAGCAAGUUUAGGAGAAUGAAAUGCCAUUGGGAAAAUAAAAUAAAAUGUUAGCGAAGAUUUUAGGCAUCUUAUACCAACAGAUUGAAGAAAUUUGCCUUCGUUGUAGCAAUAAUUGUGUAUUUGUUGCAUUCAGGGUAUAUGUUUUGUAGCUAUAAAGGGGCAGAGUAACAGCAACGUUACUUGAGAAAUACGGUUAUUUGCUCAGAGAUAUUUUCUAAAUAUUCUGGGAUAAAAAUUGAACGUUACUCGUCUUAGACAACCGCCUUGUGUUUUCUUCCUUCCAAGGACACCCCCCCCCCUGCAAGUAGCAAUUUUGAGAGAGUGCUGGAUAUGCUUUGGAGAAUUGCCAGUGCGCUUACAAUAAGUAGAGUUAUAGGAUUUGAGCACCUGAAACCUCACCUAAAUACAAUGUAUGUUGAAACCGUUCGGACUUUCUUCCACUUUGUAUUUAGGAUUGUGAUGUAGCUGAUUUCAAUAGGAUACAUAAAUAGGAUACACACUCGUCACUUGCGUCUCUGCAUUCUCAUAAUACUGCAAGAAUGUGGAAUUGGCUGGCUACAGAUGUGCAUGUGAUUUCCAAAUAUUCAGUACCCACUCAAAUGUAUAAACAUGAAGUUCUCAUUCUUUUUUAAUUUAUCAGUGGGGGCAAGCAAACAAAUCGAUAACACUGUGCUAAACUAAAUACUUGCACCUGCAUAUUGGUAAUCCAACAAACAUUUGUUUCCACAUCUCUAAAUGAUGUAUAUCAUUGAUUUUUUUUCUUCUCCUUUUAAGCCUCUGUUUGCAUCAAAAGUGAUACAACUGGAUUGUACAGCCUUCUUCAACAGAACAUUGUAUCAUUUUCCUUUUGCUUUAAGUAAUAUAUGUUAAAAAGGAAACUCAAACUGUCUUCCAAUAAACAGGUCUUCAUAGAGGAAAUAUAUUUUAAAUAUUUAAAAUUUUACUACUAUUUAAAAUAAUUUAAAUAGUUUAAAUAAUUUAAACAAGCCCAAACUAGGACAUUGAUAAUCAGUGUAUAGUAACUUCAGAUUUGUUAAUUGCAAUUUAACAUUUUUCAUCCUACACUAACAUACAUUUUUGUAGUAUUACACAGUGCACUUCCUUCUAUAUAUCUAUGCUAUUUAAGUUAAUGUUCACAUUUCAUUCACAAAACGCAUAGUAAUAUCUAUCCUUUUAUGUACUGCAAACAUUUAGGCCAGGACUAAUGAGAGGUGCUUUUUUAGUCCAGUUUUCAGGUGGUCCACAAUAAUGUAUAAAGCUAAGAAAAAGAAAUCACAUUUUUUGUAUUGUUGAUUUGAUGUUACUAAGCUCAUUAAAGUAAAGACACUUUUUCAAAA